GUUUACUCUAAUCUCGGUUUUACCCUUUUGUACACGUGUUGAUCUGCUCAGGGUUUCUAUAUGCUUCCAGUUGCUUCCAAUUGCUUCCAUUUUGUAUGCAGAAAUUCAAAGCACGCAGAGAUCUCGAGUCAAAAACAGAGCAACUCUUGCACAGCGAAAUGACUCUCACCACCCAACAAACGCAACUGCUACAAUUUCAAUUGCAGCUCUUGAAGAAAGAACUUGGAACCAGCUUUUCACAUAACAUGGAUGAUGAAUGCAAGAAACUCAUACACAGAAUAACUCCACCAAGUUGUAUUCACAACUGUCCAAGACACUCUCUGGAAUUUAUUACAACAAAAGGUCAAAUUUUCCUUCUUUGGAAACACCUCAAGCUAGGAACAAGUCUGGUAUCCAAGCUUUACAUUCAACAUUGUUUAGCAGCAUGUAGCAAGCUUUGUUUGACUGGUAUACCUCUCAAUACUGCAUUUAUUUUACUGAUUGAUGUAUUUCUUGAAGGUGGUGAUGUAAUCAUAAGAAAAAGUCUGAGUUCUUUAGUUCAUUGCAAAUCGACCCAUUGCCAGGCACCCUAAUAUUAGUAGUCAAAAUGGAGCAAUUUGUCUGGAUAUUUUGAAAGACUAAUGGAACCCAACUCUGACAUUUAACUGCAGAGAUUGUUGGGUCUAAAAAUAAGAAAAUGGAGAGAGUAACACGACACUACUACUCGAAAUUGGCUUUGGGUCAUACUAUUCAUAAAGUGGUUCAAAGGAUUCCAAGAGCUGCAUUUACCCAAUUUAUGCGUUUCAUGUUAAACUUCUUUCAAAAAGCUCAAACAUCUUUCAGUGUUAAUAUACAUGAACCUUCUUUAAUAAUCUCUUAUAGCUUCGAAA